CCGAACCACCACAAUGCCGUCGUCUCGCGCUGGACCUCGCCACGUCGUACUCGUCAUGCUCUUCUUCGCCGCCGCCGUUGCCGCACGAGGAGCCGACGCGGCUUCGCCGGUGACGACGAGGCCGUGCGGUGCGGCGGCGGCGGCGUCGUUCCUCUGCUCGCGCUGCGCCACCACGGUGUACCCGGCCGUCUGCUACGACUCCCUCCUCCCGUACGCCGGCGCGUUCCAGGACAGCCGCGUCAGGCUCGCGCGCGCGGCGGCGGACGUCGCCGCGGCGAGGCUACGGGACUUCUCGGCCAGCCUCGACGAACUCGUCCACGGAUCCGGGGACGUCGGGGCGGUGACGACGCCGCCGCGGGUGGCGGCGGCUGUGCGAGACUGCGUGGGCACGGUAUCGUCCGCCGCCGGGCUGGCGAGGCGGUCGUCCGCCGCGCUCGACCGCCUGGACGCCGGCGCCGCGGCGGGGGGCGGAGGGAGCAGGCUGGCCAGGUGGGAGGUGUCCAACGCGAAGACGUGGCUGAGCGCCGCCAUGGCGAACGUCGCGACCUGCGCCGACGGGUUCGCCGACGCGGAUUCGUGGUCGGCGGCGGGGAUCGAGGAGGUGGUGGCCGGCGAGGCGGCGAACGUGAGCAAGUACACCAGCAACGCCCUCGCCCUCGUCAACGGCAUACCGUUGUAAUCUGUGGAUGGCAGUCGAUGGUGACGUAGUAGUAAAGUAAUGAACUUAUCGCUGUUACAGUCUGUUAGCACGAGAGUGAGUACAUGCCUAUAAUUGUUGUCUUGUUGAUGGGUUAUUAUUGGAGUAUUGGAGGGAUGCCCUAAGGGCAGUACGACCACAACUAAUUAUUAUACAGAAAAUGUAUGGAGUAUUGAA